UAGCUCAUACUAUGACUCACCUUAACCUGCUUGAGUUCUCACCCUAAUCCAAUAAGUGUUCAGUCUCAUGUGGGGAUGAUGGGUUUUGCCUGAAAUGAUGUUUCAAAUGAUGAAUUCUUGUUAUAUAUUUUCUGUUCGAUUUAUUUUGAUGUUGUUUUAUGUUUAAAUUAGUUUAUACCCACUUCGUAAUUGUAGUUGAAAAAUCAUACGAUCCAUUUUUUGUUUUGUUUUUGAUCAAAUACUAUAUUUUGGGGUUUGAUUUAGUAGGAAAGGGCAAUAAUUAAAGGGCAUACUGAAGUUUGGUUUAAAUUUAUCAGUUUCAUUGAAAUUUGAAAAAGAAAGUGUUGGAUUUGUUUUUAAUAUGACUUUUGGAGCUUGAGGAGAUGUAGGUGGUGGUGAUUUUGUUCAUGGAAAGAUAGUGUAUUAGGAUUUUUUGAUUCAUUAUGCUGGAGGGUUCAGUAGAUUUGGAAGGUCAGGGCCAGCAGAACAUGAUAGGACCAGAUUUAUUUGGUUUCUACAAGUGUGAAGUAGUAGAUUUGUUAACACAGGAGGAGAGUUUUCCGCCUUUUUCUUUCAGAACUAAAGAAGCUGUAAAAGUGUCACCACAUGUACCAGAGAAUGGCAAAGGAGCAGAUAGUUUUUCUCAUGUUUCUUCCUUAUUCAGGAACAGCAUAGAAAAUGUCAUUCCUGAUGUGAAAAGAGAAUUGUUGAAGUCUUCAUUGAGGAAGAGUGUUAGCGCUUUAACAAAGGAAGUUGAUGAGGUGCUUGAUCCUGUUAUUCGUAUUCGCCAUGUAAUGUCCUGCUUGCACUCCAAAACAAGGGAAAGCUCUGGUGAGAAAGCUCCCAUUGCUGAGGAUUCAUCUACUCUGCAUUGCAAGAAGCUCAAGACAUCACCUUCUAAUUCUAAGGGAGCACUAUCGAUUGAUCAAAGUAGAGAUGCUGAGAAAGAAACUGAUGUUAGUGUAGAUUUGAAGUUACUCUUGGAGAGUGAACCGAUCCUAGUAGAAAAGGCAAUGAUCGAACAAUCUGAUGAACUAUUUGUAAUGCUAAAUUACAUGGAAAAACAGCUUGAAGGGUUGCUGGAUGUGGUUGUUUCAAAGUGUAGACCGAUGACUCAACAAGAGAAGCAGCAUCUUCAAAAGUUAAUUGAGAAACUUCCAGCGAGGAAUCUCAAUCGAAUUGUUGAUAUCAUCCACCAUGGCAAGUCAUCAGAUAUUGUUUCUUUUGAUGAGAUUUUUGUUAAUCUUGAAGAACAGGAAAAUAAUACUCUUUGGAGACUCUAUUUUUACGUCAAAGCUGUUGAAAAUGCCAGAAAGUUGUCAGCUUAGCUUUUUUUUUUUUUUUUUUUUUUUUGAAGGGAGCUUAGCUUCCUUUCUCAAUAUGGGUGUCAAGUUGGAGAGUAUUUGAGGAUUCUCAUAGUUCAUGGCAUCUUGUAAGAAACUAUUAUCAUGUUCACUAGGUAGUAGGUACCACUCCAGUGUAUUAGAGCCAAAUACUCAGAAAUGGCAUCUGGUGUAGCUCUGAGUACCACCUUCGUGUAUAAAGGAACCACGAUGCUUCAGAAACCUUUUGCUGGAGGAGUAAAGGUACAAACCUUGGGGUUUGUAUAGCUCUUCGCAAACUGAAUCUCUACAGAUUCACAAAUCACAAAUCAUGUUUACAAAGGCAGCUUUCAUGGUUUUGCAUUAUAUUGGCAUGUGAAGUUUGUAUCUAGACUAGUUUUGUAUAGCUGGACAUACUUCAACUUUUAAUGGAAAUGGAAAUAAAUGUUUGUCUGCUUUGUUA